AUGACACGUGCGGCCUUAGUUGGCACGUUUACUUACCCAGUCGAGAAUGGACUUCUUUAUUAUGAUGGAGAAACUAUUGAUGUCAGCUGGACAUCGACAUUGAGCAAUGCAAGCCUCAGUCUCUACUGCCGUUAUGAGACUGAUUCAACUUGGAACACCUACGAGAUCUCAAGUAUUGGACUUGUAGAUUCAAUCGGUAGCAAGCAAGUUGAUGUCGUGAUUGAGAAGUCAUCAGACUACUGCUGGUUCAAUUUAUUCGAAACAGGGGACGAUGCGGAUGGCGUUAAUAGCGUGACCUUCCUCAUCUCUUCUGACGUUCAUAGUGGGACCACAAUUGGCCUCUCGGGGGCGGCGACCACGAGCUAUGCUGGAGUCGGCGUACCGACUGGUCCUGUCACAGCAGCAACAACGACAGCGACGACGACAACAACAGCAACAGCUACAGCUACAACACCAGAUGUAACCAACAGCACAUCUACCUCCACAAUAGAAACGUCCACGAAAUCUGUCACGGCUUCUUUAGCCAGCGGGAAGUCAAGCGGGGAUCUUAGCACAGGAGCAAAGGCUGGGAUUGGGGCUGGCGUCGGCGUCGCAUCUUUGAUGCUCCUCGGAGCAUGUCUACUCUGGUUCUUACGGCGGAAACGGGGGCGGGGGAACGGACAAGCGUUCGCUGAAGGACAGCGAGGAACAACAAAGGAGAAGACUGCGUUGAUGGAUGCCGUAGAAAUUGGAGCGACAAAAGGAAGCGCAUGGCAUCCUGACACUGUCCAGGAAAUGAGGGAUAGUCAACGCCCAUUUGAGCUUCAUGCGAGCACUGGGCCGUAUACCGGGCAUACAGCAGAGCUGGAUGGCUGA